AUGGGCCGCAGCUAUCUUGUCUCGCCCGUCCUUUUACUUCUCAUAAUCAACACAGUAUUGUUGGCAGACGGCUCGCCAGCUUCAUAUGUCUCACAGUUCAGUGGUCUCACGCGACACGAGAAGGGCUCGCGCAUUCUAAGGGAAGACACUCUCGCGUCGGACGCGCAGAGCACUGAGAGCGACUCCGACAAUGUCGAAGAACGCCAUGACCGCCUGCUGCUCGACACGGCGACGAAGCUCGGUCUGUCGGCGCCGCCGCUUAACUCGGGGCCGAGCAUGGCGACGGUGAACAUGUCGUUCUACCGCUGGGAGAGCGUCACGCCGCCGCCCGUCGUGGACUGGCGCACGACUACUUCCAUUACGCCCAUCCAGACGCAGUUUCAGUGCUCAAGUUGCUGGGCGAUCGCAGCCAUCGAUUCCGUCGCCAUGAUGUGGUCCAUUGCCAACAACGCCGUCGCAGAACAGCUGUCGCCGCAGCAGGUGUGCGACUGCGCGACGAAGCAGUGCUGCCAGGGCGGGUGGCCCGAGUGGGCCUUCUCGUACGUGCUCUUCAACGGCGGCGUCACAUCCAACGCCAACUACCCCUACCUCGCCUACGAUUCCGCCACGUGUCUGCUAGACACUACCAUGCCGUCCACGGCGCAGAUCACGGGGUGGGAGCUGGUGCCGGCAUUCAACCCCAUGGCGCUCAUGAAGGCUGUGACGAAGCAGCCCGUCGUCGCGUUCCUUAGCGCGUCGUCCACAGACUUUGUGAUGUACAAGAGCCGCGACGUGCUCAACAUUUACAACGGGCUGUGCACGAGGGAGGUGAACCACGCCGUGGUGGUGGUGGGCUUUAACUACACGGGCCCUAGCCUCGUCGGCAGCUACUGGAUACUAAAGAACUCGUGGUUCGAAACGUGGGGAGACCACGGCUACAUGUACCUCGCCAUGACGCCCGACGUGCGCGGGAAAUGCGGGCUGCUUUCAACCCCCGCCAUGUACCCCGUCUACUUCCCCUCCGGGAUGCAGCCGGCGCGGUUCUCCUCCGACAAGCGCGGCAAUUGGAAAAUCAACAAAGUGGACGACCUCUCGUCGUCGCUCUUCUCCUCUACCCUCUCCCUUUCAACCACCACCACCACCACCACAACCACCACUACUUCCGGUGGUACCACCACACUUGCGUCGUUCAGCGACCCGACGAUUACCGACUCUUCCUCACUGCUCAUUGGUACCACUGAUUCGUCUACGAUCAAGACGACCACGAGUACGACGUGCGCGGGGAUGAUCAACCCAUGCGGCGGGGGCAGUUGCUACAUGAGCGGCGGAGUUCCGCGGUGCAACUGCAGCGCGAUGGCGAAUAUGGUUGAGAUGUUGGGAGUGCCCACGUCCAAGUGCGUGCCGCGAAGUCCCUGCACGACGGCUCCCGUGAAUCCCUGCGGCGGCGGAACGUGCUCGGAUGUGGGCGACGGGACGUACACGUGCUUGUGCACUACGGGUUACGCCAUCGGCGCUGCUGUCGACGGUUCGCCAACGUGCAUGCCUGCGGCUGGACUCGCGAAGUCUUAUGUAACCCUGCCUGGCGACAACUGCACCACAGUCGCGACAUCGUUCGGCAUUUCGACCACCACGCUGACGAACCUGAACACUUUCAUUAACUGCUCCGUUACAGAGUACCUCCCUCCCGGAAUUGCUCUUACAGUAUCGGGAGUAGUCACCUCCCUAUCCUCAUAUUGCACAAACACAUACACCGUCCGUCCUUCCGAUACCUGUUCGUCAAUCGCGAACGCUUCCUUCAAUGGCUCACUGACUGCACUCGCUGCAAUCAAUCCCGGCCUAUCGUGCAAGCGCCUGUUUAAGUCGCAACAAGUAUGUCUUCAAAUGAUUUCGGCAUCUUCUACAUCUUCGGCUACACAAUGUGGGCAAAGUGUCGCAGUGGCCAUGGGGGACACGUGCGCUUCGCUCUCCACUAAAUACGUCAUUAGCACGUCGUCUUUUGUAACCCUCAACCCAGGAGUCAACUGCAACAACCCCCUCAUUGUCGGGAGUUAUGUUUGUGUGGCACCCAAAUCAUCCGCUACCAGCAUCAACUGCACGGGGUGGUACCGGGUGAUGCAGGGCGACACAUGCCCCUCCAUCUGGAAUGCAGCCAACCUCACCAUGUCCAUGUUCCUCUCCAUCAACCCGGGCAUCCAGUGCCAGGCCCCCUACUUUGGCAUCGGCCAGCAAGUCUGCAUUGACUCACCCAUCCUCGCCACCAUGCAACGAGCUCCCAAUGAAGAACAGAUCCUUCCUCUCUUGAUGAGCUCCAUGGCUACUUUCGCAGAAGCUCCUGCUGGUAACCCCGAUGCUGGAGCUAAGAUCUUCAAGACCAAGUGUGCUCAGUGCCACGUGGCAGAGAAGGGUGGUGGUCACAAGCAAGGUCCGAACCUGGCCGGGCUUUUCGGCAGGCAGUCUGGAACCAUCGAGGGUUACUCGUACUCAAAUGCCAACAAGAACGCUGCAGUUCUGUGGGGAGAGGAGACCCUUUACGACUACCUUUUGAACCCUAAGAAGCCCUCCCUCGUCCUAUCCCCAGCUGCAUUCUCUCCCUCCAACCAACCCACAGGGCACCAGCCCUCUCACAGCGUGCCCUCUCACAGCGUGCCCUCUCACAGCGUGCCCUCUCACAGCGUGCCCUCUCACCUCGCGUCAUUGAUCACUGCCUGCACUCUCUUCUGCAGCGUCAGCACCUCUGCUGCUGCCUUCUUUCCCGCCUCCACUCCUGUCGGCAUGGCAAUGCAUUGA